CCGCCCGGCCGCGGCUCCGGCGGGCGCAGAGCGCCGCGAGCAGCCAUGAUGGAAGGCUUGGACGACGGCCCAGAUUUCCUCUCGGAGGAGGACCGAGGUCUCAGAGCAAUAAAUGUAGAUCUCCAGACUGAUGCUGCUCUGCAAGUGGAUAUCUCAGAUGCACUAAGUGAGAGGGAUAAAGUGAAAUUCACAGUCCAUACAAAGAGUUCCUUACCAAAUUUCAAGCAAAAUGAAUUUUCUGUUGUGCGGCAACACGAAGAGUUUAUUUGGCUUCAUGAUUCUUUUGUUGAGAAUGAGGACUAUGCUGGCUAUAUUAUUCCACCAGCACCACCCAGGCCUGACUUUGAUGCCUCCCGGGAAAAACUGCAGAAACUUGGAGAAGGGGAGGGAUCAAUGACUAAAGAAGAAUUCACCAAGAUGAAACAAGAACUGGAAGCUGAAUAUUUGGCAAUAUUCAAGAAGACUGUUGCAAUGCACGAAGUGUUUUUGUGUCGCGUGGCAGCACAUCCUAUUUUGAGAAAGGACUUAAAUUUCCAUGUAUUCUUGGAAUAUAAUCAGGAUUUGAGUGUUCGUGGGAAAAAUAAGAAAGAGAAACUUGAAGACUUCUUCAAAAAUAUGGUUAAAUCAGCUGAUGGUGUCAUUGUUUCAGGAGUAAAGGAUGUGGAUGACUUCUUUGAACAUGAGAGAACAUUCCUUGUAGAAUAUCACAACCGAGUGAAAGAUGCCUCUGCCAAAUCUGAUAAAAUGACAAGAUCACAUAAAAAUGUGGCGGAUGACUAUAAUAGAAUUGGUUCUUCAUUAUAUGCAUUAGGAACACAGGACUCCACAGAUAUAUGCAAGUUUUUUCUGAAGGUGUCAGAAUUAUUUGACAAAACAAGGAAAAUAGAGGCUCGUGUAUCUGCUGAUGAAGAUCUUAAACUUUCUGAUCUUCUGAAAUACUACCUUAGGGAAUCUCAAGCUGCUAAGGAUCUCCUGUAUAGAAGAUCUAGGUCACUAGUGGAUUAUGAAAAUGCUAAUAAGGCAUUGGAUAAAGCAAGAGCAAAAAAUAAAGAUGUGCUGCAAGCUGAAACUACUCAGCAAAUAUGCUGUCAAAAAUUUGAGAAAAUUUCUGAAUCAGCAAAACAAGAACUGAUAGACUUUAAGACAAGAAGAGUCGCAGCAUUCAGAAAAAAUCUGGUGGAACUAGCAGAACUGGAAUUAAAGCAUGCUAAGGGUAACUUACAGCUUCUGCAGAGCUGCCUGGCAGUGUUAAAUGGUGACACAUAAGCUACGUUCCGUCCUCCCACUAACAAGGGCUGCCCUCCUCUGGAUUUUGUUUUCAUGACUUUAAAUAGGCAUUUACAGUUCCCUGGAGAAAACUUUUGACAAAGUGCACAUAAGCAAGCUUCUUCUUUCGAAAGAAUUAAACACCUGAAAGUAGCUCCAGAUUAUAUGAGCCGCAUACUUGUUAUACAUACAUAUUCAUGUUUAUUUAAUCAUUAUACGCUUUCAUUGUUCAGAAACCAAAUGCUCGGGUUUUGUGAAAAUAGCCAAUAUAAUAAUGUUCAUGUUAUGAAUACUAUGAUACGGCUGCAAUCUUAUUUACCUUUGUAAGUAAUUUCUGAAGAUUACCAUUUGAAGCACAUUGUUCAAAUGGCCUAAGUAUUACCAUUAGAUAUUUGAAUAUUGUUACUAUAAUGGCAUUGUAUACACUGUCUUAGUUUGUUGUUUUUUUUUUUUUUCCAUGUACUUAUAUCAAAAAACUUAUCUUUUUUUCAAUUGUGAACAUUUCUUAGAAAUUUUGGAGAACUUUGUGUAACCUUUAUAACUAUGAUUUAAAAAGAAAAGCAGAUGCAUUAGUAUGUUUGCCUUAACUUGUAGACUAAUCCAAUUAUUGUAAAAUAAACCAUGAAAUCAGUGAUUUUUCUAAAAU